GCUUACUCGUGCGCAACAUAUUGCAAAUAACAAAUUAAUUCCAGGAAAACCCGCGAUUAACGGUUGUGAUUUGUGAAAAAACUGGAUUAAAUACAUUGGAGUGCAGUGAGUGUUGUUUUUGGACGGACAUUUGUCUAUACGCAGAAUGAUCUUAAGCUAAUAACAUGGGCACAGCUACAAUGUUAAACACAACUCCAAUGGAGAAGGAGAAGAAGCCCAACUUGCUCAAACUCGUCCGGACACUCUUCCAAAAGAAAACGCAAAAACAUGAAGAGAAAAAGGAAGAAAAAAGAGAACUAAAACCAAUAACAACGCUCAAAGUCACUCCAGUCGCAACUCUGCUAGAAGAGUUCCAGAAAAUAUCUAUAAAAGAAAAUAAAGUCAAAAAUGAAGAAGAUAAAAAUGAAUUGAACAGAUUUUCAUACAGAGAGAGGAAAGAUAGAGAUGACAAUAAAGAAUUCGAAAGAAUCGAAUCUCGUAACGAUAGAUUCGGUUCACAUUCCUCACAAGACAGUGGCUAUUCUGAACAUGAUGAUCCAAACGCAAAAGAAAAGGACCAAUAUGAAAAAGACAGUGAAGAUGUGGUUAAGAAGAUGGAAGAGUUAAAGAUUGGGAAAAAGAAGCUGCAAACGGUGUUCUUGCCACGGGCGCCGAUGAAGACGAACAGGGAGGUGCCCGUCAUGCAUCCGUAUAGCAGGGACGUGGAGAAAUACAAAGAGGUGGUCAACACAAACACAUUCUCCGGCGGCCAAGUGUUCGUCAAACCUAACACGGACCUCGCAGAGAUCUCCCGCGCCAUCUCCACCAUCGAAACCAACGUCCAGAACUUCCCCCUUAACAACGACCAGCAGGACUUCCUCCUAGAAACCGGCUUAGACUUCGUUACUCAAGAAACCAGCCCGCGAAAAGAGUCCGAACUGCCUGAGGAAAUUCAUUUCUGCAUCGACGAAUUAAACAUGCUUAACGACACACUAGCGUUCAGAGAGUACACAGACAUCUCUAACACCAUUCUCAAUUUCGAUUUAGAGAACUAUCAGAUCAGAAAUCAGGAGCCCCGAGCACAUACUUUCCCUACUCCGCCUUAUUCGGAGAACGCUUUAAGCCCUCUUUCUCUUAACUUAGGCUCACCUCCGCUAACAUCACCAGCAUAUUCCUCAUCUCCUGGUAGAUCGCCCAACUACAGCGAUUUAGAGCGAUACCAGGAGAUCUCAGAAGCGUAUCAGGAGCUCCCAAACUUAGAGGGUAUAGAAAAGCCUGUUUUAGAGAAGAAGAAAUCCAAUCCAACAUCAAUAAUGUCGAUGAAGCAGUAUAAAGAUCUUCAGAAGGAGUUGUCGGCUGGAUUCUCGAAGUUCGAGUGCUGCAUGAUGAGCCGGAAGGCGUGUAAGGAGAUUUUUGAGGAACACGCGAAGAAGUUAAAGAUUGAGGAGAGGAAGGGGUUGUGCGUGAAGUUAGCGCGCUUGGAUACACAGACGGCGUACGGAGUCCUCCAACAAGUGUUGCUAAGUCUGUCGACAGACGGCAAGCAGGAAGACUUGCAGUGCGUCCUAUUCAGUCUGCUAUGCGAGAGGGUCCUGGCGUUACGGCCUGAGCUGUUCUUGGGAGACUUCGGUCUUGGUUUAUUGAAGUCCGCGGCGCUCCGCUGCCCCGGGCGGCCUAUAUUCACGCGCUACUUGGUGCAGUGCGUGAGGACCGCUCUGCGACUCGACUCCUCCUACAUGGAGGGGAAAGAGAGCGUCUUCCAUGAGACGGACGCGCUGGGCGACACGCUGGUGACCGCGUGCGCUCGCGCGGGCGACGCGUACGCCGCCGUGCUCAACGAGCUGGUGAGCGAGUCGCCGCCCCUUUUCAGACAAGGCCACGCCAACACUGAAGGCUACACGGCGUUGCACGUGGCGUGCAAACUGCACAGCAAAGAGAAUCCACAUCUACGCACCGUGCAUGUUCUCUUGGAUCACGGGAAGGCGGACUUAUGGGCCGGGGACGUGAAGGGCGGUGACACAGCAUUGCACUUGGCUGUCAACUCCUCAACUUGUGAGCUGCAUCUCAUCAUGACACUGUUCAGACACGUGGAGCGAGCCAAGUGGAAGCAGCUAGCCCAUGCUCCCAAUCGAAGCUCGGUGACGCCCAUAGAGUACGCGCGCUCCCAAAGCAAGUCCGUCAGCCGCCCCUACCCGCCCGAGGUGCUCGACUUCCUCAAGAAAUGCCGUUGAUCUAACAUACAUACAUUGUAUGAAUGUCAUACAAACAUGCAUCGUGCCCUUUAUUCGAAAAGG